AUGAAAACAGCUCGGAGAUGUGACAAAUACGAGGUCUCUAAAGGGGCUGGUCUCUCCUCCAAUGGUUCGGUAACUGGUGUAGGUGGUAUUGCACCCUCCGCCUACUUCUGGCAAUACAACGCCCAGUGCAAGGGUCCAAAAGCCGUACGCUUGAUCAACGGUGGAGCCAACUCACCACUUUCUACCUCCACCAGCCCCUUGAGUAGCUGCUACGACGGAAGCAGCAGCUUUGGUGUAACUGGAGUGGGCAACUGUUCAAUCGCUGCCCACUCCAUGCCUCAAUACCCUCUUGUGGUGUUCGAGGACCCGGUUCAGAAGCGCAACGAUCUGGUGCACUGUUCGAAGCUACGUCGUGGAGAUGGGAACGACGUGACACCGAACAUCCUGCGACUACGCUCCAUGGGUGACGAGUUGGACCGGCUAUCGGCACAAAUUACACGCCAGGGAGAGAUCAUAAUGGCUGGUGGUGGCGGCGGCGGCGUUGGAGGGACAGCAGGGGGUGAUUUGGGUGCACUCCUCCCGUCCUCGCGCUUCGAUAUGGAAGCUGUGGCACCACCAUCCUGGCGUGUGGAAGAGGCCAAGAGGGAGAAAAAUAAACUGGCCAGCAAAAUUUGUCGACUGAAGAAGAAGGCCUUCCACGAAUCCAACAAGAUCAAAUACACAGGUUUGGGACUGGAAUACAAGGAGCUAGCCAGUCUGAUCACGAGUUUGAAGAAGAUGAUUUCCCAGCGUGUGAGCCCCUCACUUGCUAGACUGCUCCAGCAACCUCAACAGGUGGGUGAAAAAAGCGCUGAUAUCGGAGUAGGCGCUAGCAAUGCAGGUGCAGAUGCUGAAAAACCCACAAGUAGUGGCGACCUGGAGCAGGCUGGCGCUCUAUUCGCACGGGCGAAGUGGCUCACGUCAACCACUCAUGUGACUCGAGUGGCAGGUCGGAUGGACGCUUUCGUGGAGGAGGUGUUAAAUUUGGCAAAAACAACUCAGGCAAAGCAUCCACUAAUAAAGCGGCUGUCAAGCAGUUGCAACAGUACUACUGCUAUGGGCGGUGGCAAUCGAGAAAUCACAACUUCAGUGGCCCCGAAAUUCUCCCCAAUUGAAGCACCUUUGAACCACUUACCUGCAGAAACGGUGGAAACGAGUUUUACCUACAGCACUCCAAGUGUAUAUGAGUAUACCCAACGUCCCGGCUUUCCAACAGCUCUGGACCUAUCGAACAUGAUUCGUUCUGGUGCCGAACGGUCUGCUGACUACCACCAAGCAAACUACGACUGUGUUAGACAAGCUGAGUGGAGUGAUUACAGUACAAUAGGAAUGUACAACGCGGUAUCCAUGGGCAAUGAUGCCAUUUACGAUACCACUGCUUAUAUCACUGCCUAUCAUCCUCAAGUGGGGACUACUUCCGCUCAGGAAUUUCCAGCCACAUAUCCACCACAAUUCUACGAUGCAAUGGGCACACAGAAUAUGACUGGAUAUCAGAGUCUACAGCAGGCAUCUGGAAAGGUGGUCGGCGGUGAGAUCUCCGUUUCAGCGGAUGUUCCAAAUGCGGACAACGGCAUUGCUGUUAACUGUCCACAACGCCUGUCCGUUAUCACGUAG